UUCCUUUUUUGUUUCGGAUGGGUGGUGAUGGGGUGAAAUGUUGCUCCUAAUCUUUAAAAAUCUUUAAAUACUACGUUGGACAUUGGAGUUAGUACCUAGCAAACACCUGUCGUCCCCAUUGUUUGAUCUAAAUUUUAAAGCUUAUCAGUCAUGGCUGAAGAGGAUAGCAAGCAAAAUGCAAUCUCCAACGACCAACCUCAGCAGCCAUUACCAACCUUACCAGGAUACCGGUAUGGUGGUGGUGGAUCAGGUGAGAGAAAAACAUGGCCGGAGUUGGUGGGAUUAACAAGUGAAGAAGCAGAAAGAAGGAUCAAGGAAGAGAUGCCUGGAGUUAACGUUCAUGUGAUUCCGCCUGAUUAUUUCGUUACAAUGGAUUUCAGAACAGACCGGGUGCGAAUCUUCACUGACUCCUCAGGAAAAGUCUCACGGGCACCUAUGAUCGGUUGAUUUUGGGGAAGAUUCGUCUCUGCCAGGAAUGAUACAUAUCUUACUAGUAUCGACUACUGUUUCUGCUUUUUCUACAACUUGGUCAGCGUUAUAUCCAAGAAACUAGAAGGAAGUAGGAACUCGUGUCUGGCAGGAUUGAAUCCCUGAUUCCCUUGUGUUGUUCUCCACAUCCUUGGGCAGUUCAGGCUUGAAUUCUUGUUCUGGAUCGAAUUUUAUGUAAAGAAACAAACACGCAAGUGUUUUUGUAUUUCCUUUGUGAAAGACCAAUCUUGCAUCCA